AUGGCCACUCCCAACGCCAACUUGAACGGCACAAAGGUCAACGUCCUAGUAUACAACGGAAAUGGAACCACCGUCGAAUCCGUCCGCCACUGCCUCUACACCCUCCGCCGUCUGCUUGCCCCUCAUUAUGCCGUGAUCCCCGUGACGGCCGAUAUGCUCAUCAAGGAGCCCUGGACCCUCACCUGCGCUUUACUGGUAAUCCCUGGCGGUGCUGACCUGGGCUACUGCCGUGCUCUCAACGGCGCGGGCAACCGCCGCAUCGAACAAUUUGUGCGCCGCGGAGGCGCUUUCCUCGGCUUCUGCGCGGGCGGAUACUACGGCUGCAAACGCUGCGAGUUCGAGGUGGGCGAUAAGACCCUGCAGGUGAUCGGGGAGCGCGAGCUGGCCUUCUUCCCCGGGACUUGUCGCGGUGGCGCAUUCGGCGGGUUUGUCUACCACAGCGAGAGCGGGGCACGGGCGGCCGAGUUGACGGUCUCGAAGGAAGCGCUGACGGCGGGGAUCGUGCCGGCAAGAUUCCGCUCGUAUUACAAUGGGGGUGGCGUGUUCGUGGAUGCAGCGUCGUAUGCAGACAAGGGCGUGGAAGUGUUGGCGGACUACGUGGAAGAAUUGAAUGUUGACGGCGGGUCGGGUGUCGCGGCCGUGGUCUACUGCAAGGUGGGCGAUGGCGCAGCGAUCCUGACCGGGCCGCAUCCGGAGUUUGCCGCGGCCAAUCUCGACAAGAGCGCUGGGGGCCCGGAAUACGCCCGCCUCGUGGACGCACUGGCGGAGGAUGAUCGCGCGCGGACGGACUUCUUGAAGGCUUGUCUGGGCAAGUUGGGUCUACAGGUGGCACAGAAUACUACGACCGUGCCGUCGCUUUCGUCGUUGCAUCUCUCCGCGCUGGACCCGGCGGACACAGAACAGAUUGUGUCGUCACUGCGAGACAUCAUUACGACCGAGGGGCAGGAGGAGUAUGUAAAGGACGAGAAUGACACGUUCCGCCUCGAGAAGGUCGGAACAUGGAGCAUGGGUUCCCUGAACGAGGCCCUGCCACAAAGCUCGGAGGGGAUCGUCGAUUACAAUGCUAUCACGAAGCCCAUCGUGGUGCAUGACGAGGUCCCAUCGUCGAAAACAACGCCCUAUUUCAACCAUCACGCCUUCUACUCCCACCUUCGUCGAUGUCAAUCCCUCUCGAAGGAGGGUGCGUCUGAGUUCGGGUCGAAUCUGAUAUACGGAGAGGUCCUGACAAGCACCAGCACGAUCUUGGAAAAGAACCCUAAGCUGUUGCGCAAACUGCCCCAAGGGUUCACCUCAUGCGCAACCACUCAGGUGGCUGGUCGAGGGCGCACAAACAACGUUUGGGUGUCCCCGGCCGGCGCACUCAUCUUUUCAACGGUGCUUCGACACCCGGUCGAGAAGCUGCAGUCAUCGCCGGUGGUGUUCAUCCAAUACUUGGCAGCCAUGGCGGUGGUGCAAGGCAUCAAGAGCUACGACGAAGGGUACGACGCCAUGCCGGUCAAAGUGAAAUGGCCCAACGACGUCUACGCACUGGAUCCCGAGGAUCCGGACAAGAAACGCUACCUGAAAAUCUCUGGCAACAUGGUCAACUCACACUAUUCCGGGAACGAAUAUAUUGCAGUCGCGGGCAUCGGCGUGAACGCCCUCAACGCCUCUCCGACCACGUCGUUGAGCGCUCUCGCCGCGCGCUUUGUGGGUCCCCGGGCGGCCCCCAUCAGUCUAGAGAAAUUGCUAGCGCACAUCCUCACGACCCUGGAGGAUUUGUACGCCCGGUUCCUGCGCACCGGAUUUGACCGAGGGUUUGAAGAGAUGUACUACAACGACUGGCUGCACACAAACCAGGUGGUGACAUUGGAAGAGGAGGGAGGCGCGCGAGCCCGCGUCAAGGGGAUUACGCGCGACUACGGAUUGUUGCUGGCGGAAGAGUUGGGAUGGAACGAUCGGCCGACGGGUCGCAUCUGGCAGCUGCAGAGCGACAGCAACAGCUUCGACUUUUUCCGCGGACUGCUCAAGCGCAAGGUGUAA